UGUCUUCUCCUUUCCCCAGACUUUCCCCUUCUCAUUCAUCAUCCAAUUUCCAUCAUUUUUAGUGCAGUCCAUCAAGGGUAGGCAUUUUCAAAAAGCUUUUUAUUCUUCUAAGCUCUAGUGCCUAAAUAAAGAGAUGGUUGCUAAGAGAUUUUGCAAAGCAUCAUUAAGAGGGUAUGAUUUGCUCUUUUCCAUACCUUCCAUGCACAGGUUUCAAAUCAGAAUUUGAAUUCAAAUCAAUAACUGAGAUGGCGGCGUCCCAAAAUAUUUCUGUGUUGAAAUUGUGACCAUGGACAGAAUACAAGGAAAACAUGCCAGUUCUGUGCCACCUGGAGAACAAGACACAGGACUAACUGUGUUAGGAAAAGUAUAUGGGUUCUUUCAGAUUUGUGAUCUGGAAGGCAAAGGAUUCAUCGCUUGUCAAGACAUGCCAAGACUGCAUUGUCAGUUACCUCUUAGCCUGGAAGAACUUGAAAAAGUUUUUGUUACAUUGGAUGCUGAUGGAAAUAGCUCACUUACGCUAAAGGAAUUCACCACAGGAUUCAGUGACCAGUUUCUUAUGGAGCAGAUUACUUUGAAUAAGGAGAUGAUGCAGCAGUCAGAAGGUGAAACAGUCUGCCAACUUAAGGGCAAAGAGAGCAUGAGUGAUGAUAAGGAUGAAGAAUUUCAGUUCUCAGAUCUGAUGGAUUGACUUGGAGCUAAGAAGGUUUGUGAUGAUGAGAACGAUGUGAAACAACUUUGGUUGCAGCUGAGAAAAGGUGAAUCUCAUUUACUUCCUAGUUUUGAAGAGUUCCUGGUCAGAAUUUUUUCCCAGCUCCAAGAAGCAGAUAAUGAAAAGAACAAGUUGGAAUGUGCUCUAAAAAAGGGAAUGGCUUCUCUCACAAGACCUCAAAAUCAAGAUGCAUCAGUUAGUUAUAAUACUUUCUUCUCUUUUCCAUCCCAGUUGGAGCAGCAAUGUACAGAACUUCUCAGUAGCAAAGAAGAAAUAGAGAACACCAAGCUGAAGCAGACUAACCAGGAGCUGCAGAGAGACCUAGAGAGAAAGUCUCACAAACUAAGCCAGGCUCAAAAACAGUGACAGAUGCUUCAGGAGGAGGCAUCAAGACUACACGAGAAGAAGGAAAUGGAGGUACACUGAGUGACAGAAACCUUGCAGAGACAAAAGGCAGGACUUCUGAAGCAGCUGUAUUUUUUAAGAUGCCCAGGUGUUGGCAGCAGAACGCUGCUAGGACAACCUCUGUGCCAGGGAGAAGAGGCUGGGGCUGCCCCAGGCCAGGUCCCCAGGCGGUCCCAGCUGGCUGCAGUGGACCCACCGCAGGGCACAGUUGAGCCGGGCAGCAGCAGUGGUGGUGCAUCUGGGAAAGCGUGUUUAAGAAAGGGCAGAAAACGCUGUAUGCAAAUGGAAUAUACUUAUGAAGGCGGGGAGGACGAAUUCCCACAAAUUACCACCAAAGAGGUUCUGUAUACUGCUACGAAAUUAGCUAAACUUCAAAAGGAAUUCUGUCGUACUGCAAAAGAAUCAGAAACUGACUGCAUUUGGAGAGUAUCGCUGUCUGGGGGAGAUCACAUUUUACUAAGUGAGAAGGAAGCUGAGGGGUAUUGGGGGCUAGGAGCAUUUUUAACCACCCAUAAGCACCACGCACCCUGGUCCUUAACUCAAAGAGCAGCUUAUUGGGCUGGAGGAGUUAACAUUUUGGAAAGGGGAGAUCCCUUCGCCAUCACAGGCACAGUCGACUGGUUGAUAGAAAAUGUACAGAAAGCGAUAUGUCUGCGAAUGAUGUACGAUCAGGGACUUAGACUUAAACAGGAGUCCCUGAGGAUGAUAUUGGUCAAUUCUGAACGUGUGACUCCCCUCAUUCGGUGUCUUCCCAACUCCGUGAAAGCUGCAGGGAUCCAAUUGCAGAGAAAGACACAAGCAACAUCCCAAAGUGAAAAGGCCGUUGCUGCCCUGGAAGGACUGCUGUCACCUGUCGAAAGACAGAAAAGAAAAGGUGGUCUCAAGAGGUCUCUGAUCGUCAUUGAUAGUGUUCCGCUGAUUGAUCUCUGUGCUUGUGCAUGUGAAAAUACUCUUGAUUACAAUUUAAUUUUCUAUGAACGCAGUGCAUAUUCUGGGUAUAAUACCAAGAAGUCUGUGCUUCACUUAGCUAGGAUUUUAAAGGAACACAAAGAUAAAGUGAAAGAGAAAACCACUGAACUUCAAGCUGAUAUGAAUAAAAAGUCUUGCUGUGUCAGGCCAUAAAAUGCUGGGGCGUGUUUAGACAAGUCAGACAUUUAUAUCACACUACAUGGCACCAUCAGAUUUGCUUUAUCUGCCAAAUAUUUCUUCUGCUGUGUUGUGAGUGUAGGUGUAAGUGAAACUUAAAAUCCUUGUAUGCUCUGAUCUUCACUUUAACAAAUAUUGUCUUUAGUUAAUUGACGAUGUACUUGGGACAGUAACAGUCUUUUA